AUGCGCCGCGUUUGCACUCCAGUUAAGCUCCGCCUGCCAUGUGCUCUUCUAUGUGGUGCGCUUUAUCGAUAUGGCCCAAGAGCUUGGGGCUCCUUCAGCCAGGGUCUUCCGAUUGCGCGAUCAACUCACAGCCGCAGGUUUGCAACGGCUGAUGCUUCUUCAGUCAGAGAAACUGCUCACGUCUUAUCCAUUGCCACGGAGUACCGACAAGAGGCCGUCAUCUUGCAGCGAUCUGCCAAGUUGCUCGGGUACAGGUUCGAGUUUUGUGGCUUCAGGGAGAGAUGGGUGGGCUGGGGCACAAAGCUUGUCCAGUACCGCAAGGCCCUGCGCGCCGGCCUGGCCGAAGGCCGCAUCGCGGCCAGCGAUCCCGUGCUGCUGAUUGAUGGCUGGGACUGUGCCAUCAUCGGACCAGCAGAAGAGUUUAUUGAGAAAAUGUCGCAGCCUCCAUUUGCUGACAAUCCUCAGCCCUGGAUUGCAGGUGAGCGCAUUUGCGGUCCUGACUUCUUCAAGGCAAACCGGAUCGAUGCAGUCUUCCCAGACCCGGGAACGCCGUGGCGAUAUCCCAAUGCAGGAUGCAUGACGGGCCGCGCCGAAGCAAUGCUGCAGCUCAUUGAGGAUUUGCUUCAUGGGACAGGCGACGGCAGCAGCUUCCCAGAAGAUGGCAAUGACCAGGGCAGGCUGCAUGAACAUUUGCUGGAUUUGGGUGAGCGCGGAGACACGCUUCCGUACUUUGUCGACUCCACCUGCAGAAUCUUUCAGUGCCUGUACGAAGCAGAGCCGCAAUGGCAGCUGGAGCCCGCGGAGCCGCUGCCACGGCUGCGGAACUUGCAGACGGCCGAGCGCCCGAUUGUGUUGCACGGCAACGGCCACACUGGGCGCUGGUUCCUGUCGAAGCUGUGGAGAGAGAUGGAGUUCCUGAAGCGAGUGGGGCUGACCAUCGAGGAGCUUGCGCACUUGCCGCAUGACGGACCCAUUCCCCCGGGCACAGUCGCUGACGAGGACCUGCGGCUCCCGUACUUUUUGGCCUACGGCUCUGCGGUGGCCGCCCUGCGCGAGGGACAGUUUCAGCCGUACGAGGACGACAUUCAUGUGGGUAUCUAUGCUUGGGAUCUGGCAGCGUUGCAGCGGCAGUGCACAGAAUGCACAGCAAAGGAGCGCGACAACUUGCUGAAGAAUGUCUUUGAAAGGUUUGGCUUCGAACCAGUCCAGGAGAUUGUGGAGAAUCCAGCGCAGGCUUCGCGGGGCAACGAUGUGAAGCAGAACCAGGCAGUCACAGUUUGCCCUCGGUACUACAUUGCAGAGGGCUGGUCCGAUGAAAUGGCCUUUCCCAUUUUGUACAAGUUCACACACAGAGACAGCUUCGUGCGCUUUGAUCUCAUGGUCUUUACCAUGCAAUUUGGUCAACUCUGGGACUUUGCUGAUGGUGGUGCCGAGACCUCGUCAGGCUGGCGAUACAGUCCAUUCUCCCCCCAGGCGGUGGAGUUUGGGAAGAUCAUGACCUUCACCAUGCCGGCAGGUCCGCUGGAAGCCCACUACGGGCCGGACUGGUACGUGCCCAAGGUCUACAGCUACGUCCAAAGCUUGGCGGGCUGCAAGAACCGAUGCCAGGUGCUGAGGGUUCAUCCAUUUGAUGCGCGGAUGAGAAGAGCCGAAUUGCCAGCUCCAAUGUCCUGGGAGGACUUCAGGCCGCUGAUUCGCGGAUAUCGAAUGCUUUAUGCCAAGUCCCUGGCGGACUCGGAGCAUGAGUACCCCGAGAAGAAGCUGGACUUGUACAAGCUGGAAUCCAAGCCGGUGGUGCUCUUUCAAGCCGCCAGCAUCUGCAAAGAGGAGGGCACCGUGAGGCUAAAAGAUGGGAAGCACAGCGCUGCGCUUGACAAGUACGAGGAGGGCCUGUACAUCAUAGACAAGUGCAGAGAGGUAUUGCUGACAUGGCGGCUGAUUUUUCGUCAGAUUCACAAUGAGAAAGCAGAGAAGGACAGAAAAGAUAGAGGCUUGAAAGUGUCAGAUCUGAUGGAGGCAGACAUGCCCCGCGAGUUCCGGGGCGACGAAGAUGAGGAGCACUCCCUUCGUCUGGCUUUGCUGCUGAACGCAGCACAGGCGGCCCUUCAGUGCCAAAAAUGGCAGGCGGUGGAAGGUCAUGCCACCGCAGCUCUGGAGUUAGAGCCGCGAAACCGGAAGGCAUUGUAUCGUCGAGGCCUUGCAAGAUCAUCUUCUGAAGAUGUGGAGGGAGCCAAAGCUGACUUUUGGGCACUGCUGAAAGCAUCUGGCUUCGACAGCAAAGAAGCCCUAAGCCAACUCAUGAAGCUUAUGCCGAAAGAGGAGGUUCAAAAGCAGUUCAAGAAGCUGCAAAAGGACUCGCAGAAAGAACAGAAGGUUGGUGCUAUGCUGAAGGAGAUGGACGAGGACGAGAGGAUUAUGUUGCAAGACGAGCGAUAUCAGCGCUUUCUGGGGGACUGCGAGCAAAGAGCCGCCGACGGGCAGCGGCAGCUGACCUUCGAUGAGUGGGCCCAGCAGUAUGAGUGGCGCUACGAUGCUGACGAGAGGUACAAGGCUCGCAAAGCGUUUCCAGAGUGCUUCAGUCAUACUGGGCCAGCUCCGCUCCCCGUUGAGGAUUGGGAGGUGGACUACUUGACCCACAAAGAGAUUGAGAAGAUCAUGUACAGGCGCCAGACAGAGGCCUUAGGGGCCCGGAGACGGAAGGAAGAGCCAAAGGAGAUCCAGGAAGAUACUGACAAGUUUCACAGCAAGCUGCAUCUCGACAAGGAGGAUGAGAUCAUCCUCCGGGAUGCUGUGGUCAAGAAAGGAGAAGCAGAUGGCGCUGGCAAGAGUCAGGUUGGUGUCGAGUGGGACCCGUGGAAGAUUGCGGAAGAGAAUGCCAUGUCCGCUGACCUGCUGGGCAAAGUUGCCGUGGAUGUCCUGGUCGCAGAUGAGGACAGAGCUGAGACCGGUGUGCACCUGCAGGAGGUCCUUGAAGGCGCUGACAGCGGAAACUGCAAGGUGACCUUGGUGACUCAAGCAGGGCGAAAGCAGACGUACUGGCGGGCAGCUACGCUCCGAGGUCAAGGAGGAAAGCUGGAGGGCGCCAUAGUGACAGUGCAGGAUAUGGGCGAAAUCAAGGCUUUGGCAGGCGCGACCGGCGCCGCCGGGGGCGCGGAGCAUCUCUCGGGAGCCCUGGGCGCCAGCGGGAUGGCUCUGUUUUGCGUCGAUACUGAAGGAAAGGUCCUUGAAUGGACGCCCAAAACUGAGAAGCUGACCGGCUUCUCCAGUGGCCAGGCUCAAGGCAGAGACGCCGCCUUCUGUGUCCCGGAGAGCAUUUCCAGCGAAGCAUCAAAAAGGCCUUGGAUCAGGCGCUUCGAGGUGGGUUGGACGUGGCACGCUUCAAUGUGGAGCUCUCCACCAGUAGCGGCAAAGCCAAAGAGAAGCUUGGCUCAGCAUGGCUCCAUGGCGGUCAGCCACCGGCCGCAUCGUGGGAGCUGUGGGUAG